AUGGCGCCCCCCAAGGCUCGGGGGCCAAAAAAGCCAACGCUCCCGUCCAGCCUUCUUAAGGAGCUCGGCGUCGGUGACCCGGCCAACAGAGGACAAAAGCGCAAGCGCGGAAGCGUCCAGGUGACGUCGCGCAAGGAGCGCCGCAAGCUCGAGAGGCAGCAGGCGAAGGCCCAGCGCGCCGGCGCCGCCGUUCGGAAUCAGAAUGCUGUUGCGCCGCCGAGUAUACAGAAAGCUGGCAAGCCGCAGAAGACGUUGGCAACUGGGAAGGAUGCGCAGACAAAUGGAAAGCCACCGAAGUCGAUCUUGAAGAAGGGCAGGCCGGUGCUUGAUGAAGAGGAUGAGGAUUUGAGCGGUUUUGAGGAUGAGUUUGACGAAGAGGAGGAAGGUGAUGGUGAGCUCUCGGAUGAUGUGCUUGAUGAGGGAUCAGAGGAGGGUGAGGAAGAUGAAGGAAGUGAAGAAGAGGGCAGCGAACUACGUUCGGACGAGGAUAUCGGGGAAGACCUCGGGCUCGACGACGACGAUGACUUCGGCGAAGGCGAUGGAGAGGACCUCGAGGACGACGACGUAGAGGGAGAAGCGAAGGCUCCCAAGCGAAAAAUACCCAAGGCUUUGGAGGACGCGAUCAAGCAGGACGACAAGCAGAUCCGCGAGCUGGAGAGGAAGCUGGGGAUAAAGAACCGUAAAAAGCUGCCCAAGGUGUUCAAGGAUGACGGCUUGGACGAGCUCCUCGAGGAUCUGGAUAAUUUUUUGGAUGACAUGACGGAUAGGCAGAGGCAAAAAGCCGAGGAGCAAGAGUGGUUGGCUCAGAAGAGAAGGAAAGCCGAGGCCGCAGCUGCUAAGAAGGCGAAAGAAAAGGAGAACAAGGCUGCAAAAGAAGACAAGGAUGGCAAAAAGACGAAAGAGAAGGCUGCUAGGGAAAGCAAGAAACGUCCUGAGCCAGAGUCUGACGAGGAGGAAGAUCUGGACGAGGAGGAUAUGGAUGAUCUUGAUGAAGAUGUGGAUGAGGACAUGGAUAAAGAUAUAGAGGGCUUCGACGAAGACGAUAUGGAUGGUUUCGACGAAGAGGCUGAAGAGGACGAGGACAUGGAAGACGAAGACGAGAGUCAAGGGGAUGAUUUCGAGGGCUUUUCAGAGGACGACAACGCAGACGAGCCGCCAGCGAAACGAGUGCGCGAAAACCCCUACGUACCCCCAACAACGGGCCAAGUCGCGAAAUAUGUUCCUCCAUCCCUCCGGAAAGAGACGAGCUCAGACUCCGAACUCGCUUCCCGCGUGCGCCGACAGACACAAGGUCUCGUCAACAGGAUAACAGAAUCAAACAUGCUGGCGAUACUGGGCGAGAUCGAGAAACUCUACCGCGAGUAUCCCCGGCAACACGUUACCUCGUCCCUCGUGGACCUGCUCCUCAUCCAGGUCUGCGACCAGACCAGCCUUCCCGAUUCACUGCUCAUCCUGACGGCCGGCUUCGCCACGGCUGCCUACAUGGUGAUUGGGACAGACUUUGGUGGCCAGCUUAUCCAGGAAGUGGUUGAGCGGUUUGACAAGUACUACGAGGAGGCCAAGAAGAUCGCGGAAGAACGGCCCGAUGUCCCCAAGCAGACAUCUAACCUUAUUACGUUUGUCGCGCAGAUUUACACGUUCCAGCUCAUUGGGCCAAACCUGGUGUUUGACUACAUUCGGAUGCUGUUGGAGAGCCUGUCCGAGCUGAACGCUGAGCUGCUGCUCCGCAUUGUCCGUAUUUGCGGGCCAGCACUGCGUCAGGACGAUCCUAUGGCGCUGAAAGACAUUGUGGCUCUGAUCCCUCCUGCCGUUCAGAAGGCGGGAGGCCAGAAGAACUUGACUGUCCGAACCAAGUUUAUGAUUGAUACCAUUACCGAUCUGAAGAACAACAAAAUGAAGGCCGGUGUGGGGGCAACGGCGAUAAUCGUUGAGCACACCACGCGGAUCAAGAAGAUACUAAGCCAGCUGAAAUCGAGGAGACUCAAAGCCACUGAGCCAAUGGGCAUUGGCUUGAAGGAUAUCCGGGAAGCCGACAAGCAAGGCAAGUGGUGGUUGGUCGGUGCUAGCUGGGCCGGCCGGUCAAAGGACGACAAGAAGCCCAAGACCGCAAACAAGGACGACGAAAGCGAUGACGACGACAGCAUCAUUGUCGACGACGUCGAAGAUGGUCCCGACCUGGCAGAGCUUGCUCGCGAGCAAGGCAUGAACACAGAGGUCCGCCGGGCCAUCUUCGUGGCCAUCAUGUCAGCCAUGGACUACCAAGACGCCUACCUGCGCAUCAUGAAACUACGGCUCAACAAGGAGCGGCAGCGCGAGGUUCCCAAUGUAAUCAUCCGCUGCGUUGGCGCCGAGCAGCACUACAACCCCUACUACACGCUCGUAGCCAAGCACCUCUGCGCCCAGCAGCGCGAGGUGCGCUGGUCGUUCCAAGCCAGCCUGUGGAGACUGUUUGGACGCAUGGGCGAGAACGAGUUUGGCGACGAGGAGGACGAACCUGUUGAAGACGAAGCAGGCGAUGCAGACCUCGACAUGCGGCGACUGGUCAACACAGCCAAGAUGUACGGCUCCCUGCUGGCAGCCAAUAGCCUACCCAUCACCAUGCUAAAGCGGCUCAACCUGGUGUAUCCGCAGCGCAAGACACGUGAUUUUGUUGAGCUGAUGUUGGUGACUGCGUUGCUGGAGCUGCAACAGAAAAGCGAGAAGCCCGAAGAAGCGAUUGUCAAGGUGUUCGGCGCUGUCGAGGCCACGCCCGACUUGGCAAAGGGUCUGCAGUACUUCUUAAAGAAGGUUGUUCGAAAAUCGGACCUCGCGGGUGGUAAGGAGAAGACCAAGUUGUUAAAGGAGGCGUGCAAGAUGGCCGAGGCGGCCGUUGAGACCGCGAUGGCAAGGGCUGAGGAGUUGGUAUAG